AUGGGCCAGGCCACGGACACAGCUACCCUACCCACACCGGACGCCAGCCAUGUCACCUCCAACGGGCUUCUCGCCGGCAACCACGUGGCCGAAAAGUCCAACGGAACUGCCGCAGAGGCGAAGGCGGUGGCGCAUCACGAGUUCCCGGAGCACCUGACGGUGCACGAGGCGCUGGAGCAGGUGAACGAGAGGGUGGCGGAGGACGACGUGCUGGUGGAGGACGAGGAGCUGCUCGUCAACUCGCUGCUCGCCAUCCUCAAGGACCUCGAGGGCCACGAGCUCGCGCAGGCGGUGGAGACGUGCUACGGGCUGUCGGCGGCGUACAACAAGAGCAACAACCCGGCGGACCUCGCGAAGCUGCAGGAGGUGAUCGAGUCGCUCGACCCCGCCGAGUCCAUCCUCUGCGCCUCCGCCUUCUCGCACAUGCUCACUCUCGGCAACAUCGCUGAGGAAGUUCAGAUGGCUCGCCGAAAGACUCUCAAGUCGCAGCGCCAUGGCGCGAUCGAGGACGAGGGCAGCUCGCUUACCGAGUCAUCUCUUGUCGAGACAUUUGACAAGCUGCGCAAGGCGGGGAAGAGCCCGGAGGAGAUUUACGAGGCGCUGUGCAAGCAGCGCGUGGAUCUGGUGCUCACGGCGCAUCCCACGCAGUCCAUCCGACGGUCGCUGCUGCAGAAGCACUCGCGGAUUCGCACCCUGCUGGGCCAGCUGCACGAGCAGAAGGUCACGGCCGAGCGAAAGCUCGAGCUCACGGAGGCUAUCAAACGCGAGAUCCAGGCAGCGUGGCGGACGGACGAGAUUCGGCGGUCGCAGCCGACCCCGCAGGACGAGAUGCGGGGCGGCAUGAGCUACAUGCACGAGACCAUCUGGACGGGAGUCCCGCGCUUCCUGCGCCGCGUCGACACCGCGCUGCGCCACCUCGGCGUGCCGCACCGCCUGCCUUAUCGCCUCCCCAUCAUCGCCUUCUCCUCCUGGAUGGGCGGCGACCGCGACGGAAAUCCCCGCGUGACUUCUGAAGUCACCAAGGACGUCGUCUACCUGUCCCGCUUGAUGGUCACCAACCUGUACAUUUCUCAAAUAGAAAGCCUUAUGUUCGAUCUGUCCAUGUGGAGAGCUAGUGACGAGCUUAAGGAACGGGCGGCAGCUGUGCGAUCCGGGGCCAAGCGCCACACCAACCACUAUAUUGAGUUCUGGCGCGGCAUCCCUGACAACGAGCCGUACCGAGUGGUCCUCGGGGAGGUGCGCGACAAGCUCUGGAACACGCGCGACCACAUCCAGCAGAUCAUAGCCAAGGGCCGGUCAGACUAUAACGAGGAUGACAUCUACACCACAUCGGAGCAGCUCAUGGAGCCCCUAGAGCUUUGCUACAAGUCCUUAUCAGCCGUGGGCGACCAGCCUGUAGCAGAUGGCGCUCUGCUGGACGCCCUGCGGCAGGUAGCGUGCUUCGGGCUGUCACUGGUGCGGCUGGACAUCCGGCAGGAGGGAGCGCGGCACUCAGACGCCAUGAACGCCAUCACGGAGCACCUGGGUCAAGGCACCUACCACGACUGGCCGGAGCAGCAGCGCAUUGACUGGCUCACCCAGGAACUGCAGAGCCGCCGCCCGCUCUUCGGGGAGGAGCUGCUCGACACCGCGAGUGACGAGGUGCGUGAGGUGCUGCGCACGUUCCGCCAGCUGGCGGCGCUGCCGAGGGACUCGCUGGGCGCGUACGUGAUCUCCAUGGCGACCAGCGCCUCGCACGUGCUCGAGGUGCAGCUGCUGCAGCGCGCCGCGGGCGUGAAGAAGCCGCUGCGCGUGGUGCCGCUGUUUGAGCGCCUGGACGACCUCACCAACGCGCCCGCCGUGCUGCAGCAGCUGUUCUCGCUGCCGCUGUACCGCGCGUCGCUGGAGGGCGGCGUGCAGGAGGUGAUGAUCGGCUACUCCGACUCGGGCAAGGACGCCGGCCGCCUCGGCGCCGCCUGGGCGCUCUACAAGGCGCAGGCCAGCGUCGUGGAGGUGGCACAGCAGCACGGCGUGCACCUCUGCAUCUUCCACGGCCGUGGGGGCACGGUGGGGCGUGGGGGCGGGCCGACGCAUCUGGCGAUUCUGUCGCAGCCGCCGGGCACGGUGAACGGGCGGCUGCGAGUGACAGUGCAGGGCGAGGUGAUCGAGCAGUCGUUCGGCGAGGAACACCUCUGCUUCCGCACGCUGCAGCGCUUCACCGCCGCCACCCUCGACCACACCUUGAACCCGCCCCGCGCCGCGCUUCCGCAGUGGCAGGCCAUGAUGGAGCGCAUGGCACCGCUCUCCACCGAGGAGUACCGCUCUGUGGUGUUCCAGAACCCGCGGUUUGUGGAGCUGUUCCGCGCGGUGACCCCCGAGACGGAGUUCGCGCGCAUGAACAUCGGCAGCCGCCCGGCCAAGCGCAAGGCGGGCGGCGGAGUGGAGACGCUGCGAGCCAUCCCGUGGAUCUUCGCUUGGACUCAGACGCGCUUCCACCUGCCCGUGUGGCUCGGCCUGGGCGCAGCGCUGCGCGGGGUAGUCGAAGAGGACCCACUCGCACUGGACGAGCUACAGAGCAUGUACCAGCAGUGGCCUUUCUUCCGUGUCACCCUCGACCUCCUUGAGAUGGUGUUUGCCAAGGGUGACCCACGUGUGGCCCGGCUGUACCAGCACGUGCUGGCGCCGCCUGAUUUGCAUGAGAUGGGGGAGCUGCUGCUGAACAAGUACGAGGAGAGCAAGAACUUCGUGUUGCUGAUCUGUGGUCACCUGGUCCCCCUGGAGAGCAAUCCCACGCUCCGCCAGCGCCUGUUGGUGCGAGAGCCCUACAUCACGCCUCUCAACGUCAUGCAAGUGCUCACACUCAAGCGCAUGCGUGCCGCCGCCGCCGCCGCCGCUGCUGAGCCUAAGGGAGAAACCGAGAGCGGUGGGUCAAGACUGAAGAAACACUUGACUCCUAGCCGGGGUGCGGAGGUCGUUUCUCUCAACCCUUCCAGUGUGUAUGCUCCCGGGCUGGAAGACACGUUGAUUCUCACCAUGAAGGGCAUUGCUGCAGGCAUGCAGAAUACUGGGUAG